UGGAAGCUACAACAUCCCAAAUCCCUUAUUUGGAGAAGCUUGACUCAUCAUGGCAGCUUUGGGUAGACGGCAAACCCUUCUUGAUCCUCGGCGCUGAGCUGCAAAAUUCGUCCAUGAGUUCUGCGAGAUACAUGGAUGGUAUCUGGAAGAAUUUGGUAGAUAUGGGAAUUAAUACGGUUUUCGGUCCGGUUACAUGGGAGGAUAUCGAGCCUGAGGAAGGAAAGUUUGAUUUCAAUGAGAUUGAAGCAGUUAUUGCAAGCGCCAAAGCGUACGGCCUCCGUUUGAUUCUUCUCUGGUUCGGGUCCUUUAAAAACGGAAUGUCUACAUACGCACCAAGCUGGGUUAAAAAAGACGCAAUUCGGUUUCCUAGAAUGCUUCUACAGGGAGAUACCGGAAAACUGACAAACUCUGGCGUGCUAUCGAUAUUUCACUCAGAGUGCCUUGAGGCCGACCUGAAAGCAUUUGCCAAGCUGAUGGAAUACCUGAAGAGAGAAGAUCGAUACCGCACUGUGAUCAUGGUACAAGUACAAAACGAGGUUGGACUUCUAGGCGAUUCCCGAGAUCGUAGCCAGGUGGCAAAUGACAUCUUUAACGCGCCCGUGCCAGGUGAAAUUGUCAAAUUCAUUGCAGAGGAUUGGGAGGCCUUGCUCCCAGACUUCCAAAACAAUUUUCCUGGUAUCCUAAAGGUGAUUCAGAAGUAUGCAUCGAGUCCAGACAUUCCAGACUGGAAGGCCCUCUUUGGCGAUUCGGAGGCCACAGAUGAGCUUUUUAUGGCGUAUCACUAUGCCCUUUAUCUGGAAAAAAUAGCUUCCGAGGGGAAGAAGAUAUACGACAUCCCAUUUUUUACGAACGUAUGGCAAAAAAACCCAAAUGCUGAUGCUGUAGCAGGAGGUGGAGGUACACCUGGAGUGUAUCCUUCAGGAGGAGGAGUACCGGAGGUCCUUGACAUAUGGCAAAAAUUUGCACCAUCUCUCAAUUGUAUUGCACCAGAUAUCUACCUUAACGAUUACUCGGCUACAUUGGCAAAGUAUAGGCAUCGUGGUCAGCCGCUACUUAUCCCAGAACAGCGGAGAGACGAGUACGGAGCGCGAAGAAUCUGGGAAGCAUUUGGGACUUAUCAAGCACUAGCGGCGAGCCCCUUUGGCAUUGAUACCUUGAAAGCGGUCAACUCACCUUUCACCAAACACUAUAAGCUGCUGGAUUCGAUAUCGCAUUUUGUCCUCAAAGCACAACGGAACCCUAACUCAAUGGUUGGCUUCUUUUUCGACGAAUUACAAGAAGAUGGGAGCGAUUUGAACCCUCCAAGAGCGAUACGUAUGGGAAAGUAUGACCUGAAAAUAAGUCGAGCAUUUGUAUUUGGUACGCCAGGCCCUGGUGCUGGCAUUGUCAUCCAGUUGGAGAGUGAGCGGUUUCUGCUUGUCGGAUGGGGAUUCAAGGUAGAGUUUAAGGCAACCUCGCCGAGAUCUACACUUACAGGCAUACUACGAUUUGAUGAGAAAAGCGUGGUCGACAAAGUAACAGGCAUGUUGCGCACAGAGCGGAGGUUAAAUGGGGACGAGACGCGCAGUGGGGCUUGGGCCAAUAUGCCAAAUGAUCAGCCGGACCCAGGGAAUAUUCCCAUUCCUAUUACGAUACCUGCGCGGACUAUGAUUGCAGAGGUUUCAGUCUUUUCUUUGGAAUAAAAGACGAAUGGGUUUAGAGUAGACUUUUGAAAAGGAGAGUCGAAAUUGUAUAGUUUAGUUCUUGAGGCCGAAUUAUAUUAUGGAGUGUCUCUUCAAAAGAAACCCUCCGAUGAGUGUUUAUCUCGUCUCCUUUCCUCAACAGGCUUGCUGGAGCUGGAGGUGAAGGCGUGGACUUUCCGCUUGGUGAUCGCCGUCAAGGCCAACUAUGCCCGUUGGGGUGUAGGGUCGACGUCCUCUUGCGGCUAGUAAGCCGCUCAGCGAAAAGACGCCGCGGAGUAAUUAUGGG